GACCCGUGUUUCUGGGGGGGGGGGACAUUAAGCAGACGGACCGGUGUUUCACUAUCGGUCAACAAUGCUCUGUCAAUGUGGUCAUUAAAAUGUUUAUCCAAAACAAACCUCCCCACAGCAUGCACUUAUCUGACCAGUGGACGCCUCAGAAAUGUCCGCGACUCCGUCCAGCUACAGCGAGGACUUCACACUCGGUUUUCCGUGAAAGAGGACACAGGGAGCAGAGCUGAGAGGAAAGUGUGUGAGGCAGUGCUGCAACACUUUAACACACAGUACAGAGAGGAGCUGGGAGAAACAUGGAUAUCUGCACGGGAAGUCCUGCUGAAUCCUCACUGCUGGCAGUACGGCGUCUUACUGAAUCGCUUCAGCGACCAUCUGGGUAUCAAAACCGUCUUAAAAUCGCUCGGCUAUUCCAGCCUUCUCUCUCAGCCCAAUUCUCCCAUCGUCCGGUCUCUUCAGUGUCUCGUCCAUAGAGAUGCGGUACGUCUGCGCACUCAGAGACAUCGCCCUGGCUGGCUGAAACAGUACUACCUGCUGAACGCCGCGUCCCUGCUGCCCGUGCUGGCGCUGGCCGUGAGGGACGGAGAGAGAGUGCUGGAUCUGUGCUCCGCUCCGGGAGGGAAAGCCUUGGCUGUACUGCAAACGGCAAACCCGGGGCUGCUGCAUUGUAAUGAGGUGGAUAAGAGUAGGUACGAGUGGCUGGUCAAGACUCUGGAGUCGUACGUCCCUCGUGAACUCAGAGACGCCCUCGCAGUGACCAACGAGGACGGCAGGGACAUCGGGGUCACAAAGACAGAGAUGUUCGAUAAGGUGCUAGUAGAUGCCCCAUGCUCCAAUGACCGCAGUUGGCUGUUUAGCUUGGGAGCCCAGCAGGUGGCGCUGCGGCUGAGAGAGCGAGCUAAUCUUCCUCAGCUGCAGAAGGAGCUUCUCUGUUCAGCCCUGGCAGCGGUGCGCCCUGGAGGACUCGUGGUUUACUCCACCUGCACCUUUUCCCGUGCUGAGAACCAAUCAGUCAUGGAGGAGGUUCUUUCCACCUCCCAGGGGGUGGAGCUUAUGGAGCUGGAGGACGAUCUGAUUGGCUCUCUCUCCGGACAUUUCAAAUUCACCCACCUCCAGCCUCCUCUGGGUCAUUUGGUGGUGCCGGAACAGGGAAGAACGUGGGGUCCCAUGUAUGUCUGCAGACUGAGGAGAAAACCAUCAUCCUGAGAGUCUCCUUUAUCAUGGUGAUGAGAGGAACACUGGCAGAAGUUAGCAUCAACGCUCUGUAACAGUCAGAGGUUAAGCUAGUCUAUGAUGUUUAAGAAUAUAAACGGAUAAAAAAGUGUGACGUGACUUCCGUUAAUUAAAAAAGAAUAAAGAGGAAUAAAACACUCAUGGAAAAUGUUAUUAUUCUUCACCUGGUGAUAAUAUGUUGAGGCUUUUAGCUCUAUUUAAGCUGAAGUGGUGAGACACGGACCGAAUAAAAUCUUUAGCAUCCUGACAAAACUCUCUCACUCAGAUUUUAAAAGGAAUUUGACUUUCUGUGAAUGGAUUUUCUGAUUUAUUUAAUUUUCUUCUCUCACUAUAUGACAAUCAUCAUAUCUGUAUGAACGCUGAGGCCGUAUCGGAUUUCAGUAGAUUUUUCUCUCUUUGCUGUGGAAUUAAAAUGACUUCUCAUAGCAA